AUGGCGGCCGUCGGGGGAGAAGCUUCUUCUCACAGCGGUUCAGAUGAAUUAUUUCAAAGCUUCUACACGGAGGUGAAGCAAAUUGAGAAGCGGGACUCUGUAUUGACCUCAAAGCAGCAGAUCGACAGGCUGCUUCGGCCUGGGGCAUCCUAUUUCAAUCUGAACCCCUUCGAGGUGUUGCAGAUUGAUCCAGAGGCAACAGACGAUGAAUUGAAAAAAAGAUUUCGGGCACUGUCCAUCUUGGUCCAUCCAGACAAAAACCAAGAUGACCCAGAGAGAGCUCAGCAAGCAUUUGAAGCUGUAGACAAGGCAUACAAGCUCCUACUGGAUGCGGAACAGAAAAAAAGGGCCUUAGAUGUGAUCCAUGCUGGGAAGGAAUAUGUUGAGCAUAUGAUGAAAGAGAAAAGAAAACAGCUUAAGAAGGAAGGGAAGCCAUUGUAUGUGGAGGAGGAGGAUCCUGAGGCGUUCAGACAAGCAGUGUACAAGCAGACUAUGAAGCUUUUUGCAGAGCUUGAAAUUAAGAGGAAGGAAAGGGAAGCAAAGGACAUGCAUGAAAGGAAAAGGGCAAGAGAAGAAGAAAUUGAAACGGCAGAGAAAGCAAAGCGGGAAAGAGAAUGGCAGAAAAACUUUGAGGAAACUAGAGAUGGGCGUGUGGAUAGUUGGAGGAAUUUCCAGGCUAAAGGCAAGACCAAAAAGGAGAAGAAAAACCGGUCCUUCCUGAAGCCCCCUAAAGUCAAGAUGGAACAAAGAGAGUAGUGCUCUUGUGUUAUACAAAAUCCCACCUCGCCAUUUUCAAACCACCUCUACAGAGGCAUCUCCACCCAUCACCCUGGUCUGGAGUCAGCUCUUUAGUGUCUACACAACCAUCAGACCAUUUGUCACAGGACAGUACCACCCAUCCUCCCCUGGGAAAUGAUUUAUGUUCAUUUUUCUAUUGUACAUAUGUGUGUGAUCUGGAACCUUUUUAAUGAGAUCAGUAUUGAUGCCUCAAAGAAAAUGUUUCUUCCAUUUCCUGUACCUGGCAGUAGUUUGUCAUGUUAGUUUUACUUUUCUUUUUUUUUUUAAAUUAAUAAAUCUUGUUCCUAACAAGUCUACUUUGCUGUGGCCUACUGGGAGUGAGUCUUGCAUUUGAAUUAAAAGUUGUGGA